GUUUCCUAUUUCUAGCCAGAAGAGGCUUCCCUUUUCCAGGUACUUACUUCAAAUUUGAAUUGGAGUAAGGGAAAGGGCUCCAGAUCUUUUCGCCGUUGAGAACCAAGAACAAGAACACAUAAUCGAAAAGUGCAGUAACAAAGUAUGUCGGAUCACGUUCGAGUCUAUUGAUCCAUUUUAAACCAACCAACCGUUUCGUUUUUUUUUCAUAUUUGAUAUUUGAUUAUUUUAACAAAAAUGGGACAAAAGAAGGAUACUCUCCUUAGGUGGGUAAACUGUUGUUCAGAUGCUGCCACAAACAUUGAAAGAAUAAAAAAUCUGGCUGAUGGAUGGUUUUUUAUCCACAUUCUGAACUUUUUGAGGAGCCAUCCCACAGAUGGUACUGACCCUUGGCUUCAAACUAUAAACAUUUUAAGAGAAUACAAGUUGCAAGAAAAUGUUGUUGAUUUUGAUGCAGCUGCAUCUGGAAAUGAAGAUGAACUGGCAAAACUCAUUGUCAUUUGUAUGCAUCUUACCAUGGUGCAAAAGCCGUGUGAACAUAUCAAAGAAAAGACGAUGUGGAAUCUUUCUACGGAAGAUCAAAAAGUGAUUGAAGCUAUUCUCCUUGCUCUUGUCAAUGAUGACCAACUAACGAGAAGCAGAUUAAUAGAUGUGUUACAAGAUAACUUGCAAGAAAACAGCUUUACUAAGUCUGUCAUGUUCUACACAUCUUCUCCACUUUCAUCACUUUCUUCAAUGAAGAAUUCUCCACUAAAGAGAUUCCUUGAUUCUCCUAUGGCCCUUCGUUUAACACGCUUGCAAAAAGAGAUCAGUGAUAAAAACGAAGAAAUCCGCCGACUCCAAUCGGAACUCAUGACAGAAUCAGACGAAUCAUCUGCACUCAGUUUGCGAAUGGAUGAUUUGAAACGAAAAGUAAAGGACCUGGAAAAAAAGAACACCGAGCUUGAACAGAGGUUGCGCGAUGUCCAACUUCCCGAUUCUUCCGGUCCCGAUACUGAUGGCGAAAUCACCCAUUUGAAGAAGAGGCUUAAGAAAAUGCAAAACGAGUAUGAAGCUUCGUGCCAGAAGUAUUGUGAUCUCAAUAUAGAAUACGAAGCAAUGAAGACUCGUCAAGAAAAAGAUCGUAAACAGAUACGAAAACUUCAGCUCGAUUUGAACGAUUCUGUUGCUCGUUUUGAGAAAGAAUCCGCAGAGUAUCAGCUUCUUCUAGACUCUAUCCGAACUGAGAAUGCUGAAUUGAAACAUUCCUUAGAGGAAAAAGCUCAGUGGAUCGAUGUUCUGGAGGAAAAAAGUCGGACUUGUUCUGAGAUGCAUGCACGUCUGAAUGCGCCCAGGUCUCCUUGCGAAAGAGAAAGCAUUGGUUACAGUCUACUGUCCAUUGAGACCGAAAAGUUGCAGGGUGAUUUGGAAUCUUACCGAAGAGAUCUAGCUCGCCAAUCCGACCAAUUUAACUCGGAGAAAAGAAUUUUUCAACAACGCGCUGCUGCUCUUGAGGAAGACAAACGCGGUCUCCAUCGCCAAGUUGAAGAAGCUAAUCUCGAAAAUCAAUCUCUUCAUGUUCAAUUGGAUCAGGCCAAGACAAGCUUAGAACAGCUCUCACUUGGCUGUGAUUCUCUUAGCAAAGAGAAGGAAGAACUUCGUCGCUCUCUAGAUGAGUUGCAAUCAGAAUUCCACAAGGAGAUGAGCCGGGCUCAACAGCAAUUGGACAUCCGCAUCCAAAAAACUUUGGAACUGGGUCUUGACAUUGAGGCAUUGAAUCACCAACUCGAAGAAACACAAGCUGCAAAGAAGGCUUUGGAGCAGUCCAUCCAUGAACUGACUGAAGAAAAUCUGGGAUUAGGCCAGUCAAUGGCAGCUUUGGAACAGAGCCAUCUCGAUUUGCAAUCAACUCUUUCUACUAAUCAAUCUAAAUUUCAGUGUGAACUGGAGGAAGUAUCAAGUCAUUUGAAAUCGAGCAAGUUACAAAUUGCUGGUCAGUCACUGAAGAUAACCGAAUUGGAAGGGCAGCUUGAAUGCCUUCGUACUGAGCUUGUGACCAAGGACGAAACCUUUUCAAUCUUGGAAACUGAAAAACAACAAUUGUGUGAGACCAAACUUAGUCUUGAGCAGCAAAUGUCCGCUUUGCAAUCUGCUUUUGAGAUGUCAAAACAAGAAUUUCAAGCGCGCUUGGAAAAAGUAAACACCGAGUUAGAAUCAGCAACUGCUCAAAUUGCCGACUUUUGCGAGGUUACUUCAUCUCUUAAAGAGCAGUUGGAAGUGGCACUGCAAGACAAGCUACAGUCUGAUAACCUCUCGUCACAACUUGAAGCUGAUCUCAACAAACUAUGCCAAGAACGUGAUAAUUUGCAAGUGGAGGUUCAACAGUUAUUGCAUGCAGCUCAGGUAUCUCGCGAAGAAUUCCAAGCUGAAAAAGAUGGUCUCUUGAUGGAGUUGGAAGCUACAAAGAACGAUGUGAUCGAACGAGAGAAUCGCAUUUUAGUUGCUGAACAAAAACAUCAAGAAGCAACACUGCAAAUCAACCAUUUAGAGUCAUCCGUUCGUUCCCUUGAGCAGGAAACUGCUGAACUGAUUGCUUCAAGGAGUUUUUUUGACCAGCAAAUAUCUGUACUCCGAGCCGCCGUCGACACUGGCAAGACCGCAUUGCGAGAAAUAGAAGACAGAGCCAAAGAAGAAGCAGAAACGCACGCAAAUCUCAUUACACAGCAAAAGGAAAUUAUUCAGUCCCUGCAAGUUCGUGUAGAGAACUUGUCCGAAGAGAAAAACGUGUUGGAAUCUCAAAUAGUCGACCUUGGAGCGGAUAAAGAAAAUUUGCAUCAACAAUUAAUUUCAUUGGAGGAUUCUAGAAAAGAGGAACAAGCAGCUCAUGACAUUCUAGUAGCAGAACUAGAAACUCUACAAGCAAAUUCUCGUCAGCUGGGCGAAGUCUAUCAGCAGCAAAUGGUUGUCAAGUCCGAAGAAAUAGCAAGCAUGGAGAAAAAGUUGGAGACAGCUGUGCAAAAAGAAGUCGAACUUGAAGUUCGGAUUGCAGAAGUGAAUAAUGAAAAGGAUCUACUCGUCCGUGAAAAUGAGUUGCUUAAGGAAGAGGUUUCUGAGCUAAUUUCAACGAUAGCAAAGGAGAAAAAUGUUUUGGAAACUAACUUGAAUGUGCUUAAAGGGGAGUUGGAGUCUAAUGUAAAUGCGAUGGAGCAAUCUCAGCAGAAAAUCCAACAUAUGGAAUUGGAGCUAUCUGGAUUAAUUGCCAACAAGUCGUCUCUGGAAUCUGAAGUUCAGAAGUUGUCUGCAGAGUGCACCGUUUUGGCAGAGGGACGCCUGCAUCUCGAGAAAGAAAAUAGUCGCAUGGAUGAAUUUUACAAAGAACAAGUAAAGGAGUACGAGAACCGCCUUUCUCGGUUGACUGAAGAACACAGUAUGCACGUUACUUCAAUGGAAGAACGACUUGAAGCCGCUCAACAAAUUAACCUUCGCAUCGAGGAAGUGAACGGCGAAAAAAUCAGACUGCUUCAAGAGAAUAAGUUACUUCAAGAAGAAGUUUCAAACCUGACUUCCUGUAUAACGAAAGAAAAAAUUGUGUUCGAAACAGACUUCAAUGCCCUAAAAGAAGAGUUGGAGUCCAACAUUAAGGUGAUGGAGGAAUCGAAGCAGAAAAUCCAAGAAAUGGAACUGGAGCUGACUGAAAUGAUUGCCCAAAAGUCGUCGUUGGAGUCUGAAGUUGAAGAGCUCUCUGCUAAGUGUUCCGAGAUGGCUGAAAAGCGCUCGCGUCUAGAAGAAGAAAAUCGAAAAAUGGAUGUAAGCCAUAAGGAACAGUUAGCUGAGUUCGAACGUCGUCUUUCCAGCUUGACCGAAGAUAAUGCGGUGCGUAUUAAUCAACUAGACGAGCGGCUUAAUGCUGUUGUUCAGCUCAAUCAUCAACUAAAGGACGAUUGUACGAGACUAGAAAGUGAACGUGAAGCAAUGAGCUUCGAGAAAUCGGGAUUUGAGCAAAUGUACUUGGAGGUUAAAGCUGCUUGUGAAGAAGCUGAAACUAAGAUCCAGAUGGAAGGCGAAUUGGCUCGACAAGAAGUUGAUGCUAAGAAACAACAAGUACUGCAGCAAUCAAAUGCUCUAGAUGAACUGGAACACAUGAUUAGUAGUCUUCGCCAGGAUAAAGCAGAUGCAGAAUCCAGUUAUACCCAACAACUUCUCUUGUUGCAAGCUGAAAAACAAGAAAUGAUGGAGUCGCAUGAUCGAGUAGAGCAACACAAUGCUUCCUUGCUUGCCUCGUUCGAAGCAUCACGAAACGAACUAGAACGACAACUCACUGACGCGAAUCUGAAAUUAAAGGACCAUGUUGAGCUUUUGCAGCAGUCACACCUUUCUCGACAACAGACAGAGGAGCAAAUGGAAGCCUUGGAGGCGAAAGUCUGCAAAUUGGAGCUGGAUUUGAAGAAAGCCGUUGAGGAAAAAGGUCAACUAACAAAUGAAAUGAUGGUCUUGCAAGCUGUUCAAGGUGAAAUGAGAAAUCUGGAAGUAGCGAUGGAACAGUUGACGUCGGAAAUUCAAGAGCUGUCUUUCAAGAAAGCUAAUUUGGAAAAGCUUCGAGAGGUUUUGGAGGAAGCUAAGGCCACUGCUGAGGAGGAGACCAGGCAGCUUCGUCGAGAAGUAGAGUCCAAGGAGCUUGAAAUCUCACAUCAUGUUGAAAAGGUGGAAUUCACAGAGUCGCAACUACAGCGAAGCAAGAACGACCAAAUAUUACUCCAGGCUCGUAUUUUGGGUUUGGAAUCCACUGUAUCGAAUCUGGCUACCAAUGCAACUGAAUCAUCGCAAACUAUUGUUACUCUCGAGAAGCAGCUUCAAGAACGAGAGGCUGCUCUGGAACGGGCAACUGUAGAACUCAACGCUGAGAAAGAACAGUCAGUAACAACUCAAGCUGCAUUUAUUAAAGCCAUUUCAGAUUUGCAGAGCUCCAGUGAAAACAACCGACGCGAGCUCGAAGCAGCCAUCACCAGUUUGAAGAAAGAACUCAGUUUUGAAAAGCAACGUGCAUCGGAAGAAUCAAAUUCUAUUCAGGCACUAACUUUGGCGAAAAAGGAAGCUAAUGAGCUCGCGGAAUCACUUCAGGUGAAGCUGUCAGAGAUGGAGGCUGAAGUGUCAAAGCUUGCUGAAUCCGAAGCGUCGAUGAAGACGGACAAGUUACAACUCGAAAAAACAAUUGGUUCAAGAAAAAUCGAACUUGAAAAUGAAAAAAUUGACAUGGAGAAACAGAUGGCUCAACUAACUUUCCAACUUGAAUCUAUCUCAUCGUCAUUUUCUGAUAUGGAAAGCGAAUGCAGCAUUUUGAAAUCUGAUAAGUUGCAAACUCUUCAAGAAAAAGCACAGCUAGAACAAAAGUUUCGUGACAUCGAAAAGAAUUUCCAGUCAACGGUUGAAGAGCUACAGUCGCAAUUAAAGACCACGGAUGCAGAACUCCAAUCUCAAAUUGCUAAGGUGAAUGAGUUUUCGAGCUCUACUCACGCUCUCAAACUCCAAAUUGAAACAAUUGUUCAAGAAAAAGAGACACUGGAAAAGGAUUUUGGCGCUCGAAUUUCAACUUUGAAUUCAGAUAAAGAAAUGCUACUAACUAAGAACGCUUCGGUUGAACGUGAAAAUCAAGAACUCAAAUCUGAACUUGCCGCUGAAAAGACGAAAAUAUUGCAGGGUAAGGGAGAAAUCAUGCUUGAACACCGAAAAGAAAAGGCGGCACUGGAAGCUCGUCUACUUGUAGCGCAGUCUCAAAUGAAAUCAAUGCAAGAGAAGUUGGUGAAUAUGACUGUGGCUAAUAACUCACACGCACCUCUUGAACACAAAGUCAGCGUGUUGACCAGCGAGCUUGAAGCGGUUAAUAAAGCGAAGAGCGAGUUAGAGAAACGUCUUGAUGACUCCAUUUCUGUACGAAAGGAAGAAAUGCUGUCCGUGAAGAAGGAGGAGCUCACUGAGAGUCACCUCAGCAAGGCUUCAACGCUGGAUUUCGACUCUGAGAUUGCUUAUUUACGCAAGAAGUACGACAGUGCUAAGAAAGAGCUCAACCGUAAAGAUGAAGUCAUCAAUCAAUAUGCAGUUAAAUUCGAAAAAAUGCAAAAUCAGUUAGACAAUCUUAACGAAGAAGUCGCCUCCUUAAACAUGGACAAAAAGAAGCUUGUGUUUGAGAAUCGCAGUCUGAAAACAGAACAGAAUCACUUGUUGGCACAAAUAUCAUCUGAAAAGGACAAGGCAAAUGCACGCAAUACCAGACAUUCACUGGCCUUACAGAGGGGUAGUGCAGCAUCUAACGGAGGAACAUUGGCUGAUGCCAUGAUUGACGCUCGACGUCGUUCAAUGCGUCCAACCCGCAGUGAAGUUGUGUCUACUAGCAGAGAGCGACAGGAACCCAUCGAAGUAUUCAGACCACCUCAGUUAGCAUUUGGGGAUGGCUCGGAUGCCAAUAGCAUUUUCAAAGUACCUCCCAGUCGCCGCGACUCGACAAGCAGUGUCUGCAGCAAUCGUAGCGAUGUUUCUAUUACAUCACGAGGUACGAACGUCCCACACGGAGCAGGUCGUCUCUUUACCUGUGACGAUGAAGACGGGGAGCUGUUCAGCAGUUCAUACUUGAACGAAAUGAAAGAAGGUAAAUGCCGAGUGGAAGACUCCAGCACUCGGGUCAGUGAGUUGCUUAGGCGCAACACCAUGCAGCCGCCGCACAUGCGCUCAGCUUAUCCCAUCGAAAUGAACGAUGAACGCCUCCGUCAGAACGACAUGACCAUCUACGAUCAGCCCAAAGCCACCUCCAGCAGAGCAGACAAUCACGACACUUUACAACAGCUUUCUUUCGCAACAUCGAUGCUCAGUAUGAACACACCACCAGCCAUGAACACUCGUAAACGUCGUUCCAGCUCUUGGAACCCCACAGAAAUGGAGACGCCUGUCAUGCAGCCCAGAAAGCGACGAUCGUAUGAGUUAGAUGCAGAUCUUUCCUCCGAUUCCACAGACACACGGAGCAUUUCCAGCAGUGCCGAGCGUAAGAAGCAUCGAGAUGCUAGUCUUACUUCUUAUUCACGCCCUGGACCUCCUACGCCUGCGAGAAACGCUGUAAAAGAAAACAUUUCUACACCAUCGACCGCUUCCUCUCCACCUAAAGCGACGUCCAAAGCAUCGAGUAAGGCGGGAUCCAAACGAACCAGUCCUGCUCAUGGUACCAAAAACUCGAAGUUGACUCCAGUCGGUGCAUUGGUGAGAAAAGUACAAGCAAAACUCCGCAGCAAUAUUCAAGCUUCUAAUGAACAGAACACUCCUAGCUCUACUCGUACAACACCACGGGGAUCAAAAUUGAACAUAUUCAGGAAACCUCUUGGAAGUCGAACCUACAAUUCGGACGCAAAGUUUUAAAUUUCCAUAAGUGUUUUCUAUUUUUAUUUUUAGACCUUGAUCCUUGAAAUAUUAAAAAUUCUAUAAUUUUUUUUAGCAUAUCGUAGCAAUUAACUUUCACAUAUUCGUUAGAAUAACUCGGAUGUUCUCCCUUAAUCCUUAAAUUCCAUGUUCAUGCAUCAUUGACUAUCCCUGCUUCCCUGGCCUUCUUUAAUCCUUAUAAGUUUCCCUACUUUACUUACCCCUACUUUCAUGCUAUAACUUGGUUUAUUGGGAAUUUAAAAAACUUAAAACCUGUACGUAAUAAGAGAUUUCUUACGAUAAAAAAUAAAUACAACGUUUGAU